UGUUCCGCUGCCAUUUCAUCAGCGGAUCAUCACGGAAAUAUCAACAGCCCCGCUGUAAUGAGCCAGCAGAUCGGAUCACCUGUCGGGCUGCGCACCGCACGCCCCGUUUUCACCUUUUAAACCGGCUCAAAGAGUGAUGCUGCACAGGAGGCCCAGCUAAUACCCUGCACGUUACUGGCUGCUGAUUUCUGUAAGCAACAACAGAAGCAUUGCUAGACUGGGAGUCAUUUUUAAGGCGGCAUAGUCAUCGAUAUGGGGUCUGUUUUUUCAAGUACUGAGCUCUGAACUUAAGAACUGAUUUUAAUGAGACAUGGAGACGAUAUGGCUUUACCAGUUUCGUCUGAUAGUCAUCGGAGACUCCACAGUCGGGAAGUCGUGCUUGAUCCGGAGGUUCACCGAGGGCCGCUUCGCACAGGUGUCAGACCCGACCGUCGGGGUGGACUUCUUCUCUCGUCUGGUGGAGAUCGAGCCGGGGAAAAGGAUCAAACUUCAGAUCUGGGACACAGCGGGACAGGAGAGGUUCAGGUCAAUCACCAGAGCCUACUACCGUAACUCAGUGGGCGGUCUCUUGCUCUUUGACAUCACAAACCGCCGUUCCUUUCAAAACGUUUACAACUGGCUGGAGGAGGCCCAGAGCCACGUCCAGCCGCACAGCAUCAUCUUCCUGCUGGUCGGCCACAAGUGUGACCUGGAAGCCCAGCGUCAGGUGACCCAGCAGGAAGCGGAGAAGCUGGCAGGGGCCUAUGGGAUGCGCUACGUAGAGACAUCUGCACGGGACGCCAUCAACGUGGAGAAGGCAUUUGUGGAUCUGACGAGGGACAUCUUUGAGCUGGUGCGGAGCGGGGACAUCAAGAUCCAGGACGGGUGGGAGGGCGUCAAGAGCGGAUUUGUUCCCAACACCGUCCAUUCCUCUGAGGAGGUCACCAAGAGCAGCCGGCAGUGCUACUGCUGAUUCGGCUGGCUGCAGCACGUUAGGGUGAGAGGUGGUACUACUUAAGUGGAUUCCAUAUGUACAAGAUCUCUUUUGCCAUGGCUGCUCUCAGGCCACUUUUGGGGACUUUAAUGUUUUCCCUGCUCAGUUACAUGCUUAUUCAUAUAGACAUUAUUUUAAGAUUUGAUUGCCAGUUUAAGGUUCAAACUUAGGACACUUUGUUAAUGUUCCCGACAGGAGUAGAAGCACAAGAAGCAUCCUAGCCCUUCAUCUUUCUGUGUGCAUGCAUGUAACUGUAGUAAUCCUGCUGUCUUUGCAGCUGCUACCAACACUUAAGCUUUACUUCACCUUUGGCCUUUCCUGACGUGUACAGUUAUACUCCAGUGGCCAGUUCUGUUCUCUUGCCGCACAUCUCUAAAAGACUCAGUGUAGUGUAUUUAUACUCUUGUGUAACUUUAAUUUAAUGAAUCAAUGACGCCACGGCUGAGCCACGCCUCUUCCUUUUCGUGGAAAUGACUCUGAAUAUACCGCACGGUAUGGACUGUAUUCAGCGGGAGAGAGGAGGCAGAAAGGGGCAGCAGCCUCGCUGACUGAUUGGAUGUCUGCACUACAAAUCUGACUGGCUUAAUGCAUAAAGAAGGUGGAGGUCAAUGAACUCCAGGUGAACCAAAGUUUGAGAUGUUUGUCUGACGGAGGAACAAGUUUGCACUGUGAAAAUGAUUAAUGGUACAUUUGUUCUUUGCUGGAAGAAAAAGCUACUGUAGCUGCUUAUUUUAGCCUUUAUGACUUGAUCGAAAUGGAAAGUUCUCAGUUCAUGUUUACUGCUCUGCGUUGGUUUAUUGGUGAGAACAGGUGAGACACUGUCCAAGGGCCUUUUGUGUAGAUCCCCAUAGUGUUCAAUUUGAAAUAAAUAUACAGUCAUGG